UAGUUGAAUCCAAUAAGUACGUAUCGAUCGCUGGGACAGUUACAACGUGAACAGUAAUUGAACAAGUGUUUGCUCCUUCGAAAAUGGCAGUCAAGCUGAGCGUUAUCCUUUUCGUCAUUUGCCUUAGUCAGGUCAUGGCGUAUUCUCCGCUGCAACUGAACAAUCCACACCAGAACUUGGUGCAGUUCCUGAUACAAUCCCGUGAUCUCAGCAGCGAUAGUGACCAUACCCUUGUAUGCUUGGAUUAUUAUCUUCCCCUGCUUAACGACGUGGUGGAGACGUACAAGGCCGAUCUGAGCGCGUGUUUGGAUGAAGCUGCUCUGGAGGUCUCACAGAUCAACGACAACACCAAGGAAGAACGAGAUGCCAUCGACGCCUCCGCCCAGAGCUCCUGCAAUGCCCUCACCGCAUGUAGUGCCCAGGAAGACGCCAUAGAUUACUUCAAGUGCUACAGUGAAGCAGGUGCCAACAACACCAAAACCAUGUUCACCAUCUCCGCUAACGCUUCCGAGCUGCUGGCUGCUGUGCAGGAGGAAGUGCGUCUAAUCAAGGUGAAAGAAGAGGUGUGCACGAACAAAACGCAGAGGGCCUAUGGAGAGAACUAUGCUGAGCUUUACGGGGAUUUGAGCAAUUGCAUUGCUGGCGCUCCUGUUCCAUCGGAAACUUCAAGCACACAGGCCUCCUCCACGGAUUCAUCGACUGAUUCGACCUCCGCUUCCACCGAAUCCUCUACUGAUUCCUCCACCGAUUCGUCCUCCGUUUCAACCGAAUCCUCUACUGAUUCCUCCACCGAUUCUUCGACUGAUUCGUCAUCUGAGUCCACCGAAUCCUCCACCGAAUCCUCCACUGAUUCCUCGACUGAUUCGUCCUCCGUUUCAACCGAAUCCUCUACUGAUUCCUCCACCGAUUCCUCGACUGAUUCGUCAUCUGAGUCCACCGAAUCCUCCACCGAAUCCUCCACCGAAUCCUCCACCGAAUCCUCCACCGAAUCCUCCACCGAAUCCUCCACCGAAUCCUCCACCGAAUCCUCCACCGAAUCCUCCACUGAUUCCUCGACUGAUUCGUCCUCCGUUUCAACCGAAUCCUCUACUGAGUCCUCAUCUGUUUCCACGGAAGGUGGCGCAGGUGAAAAGGAAGCGGCACCUGAGGAGGACUUGAGAUCCCUCUCCUCUCAGAACAGGAAUGACCUCCAGAAGAUUCUUAAGAAUCUACAGCUGUGGUUCAAAACUCACUAAGCCGUCGUGCUAAUUUUAAAUUUAAACAUAAAUGAAGA